UGAAAAUAAUAAAAAAAAGGUAAAAAAAAAGAUUUAUUGUCCACUAAUAUAAUUAAAAGUACAUUUUAAACACAACGAGAGAAACAAGAACUCUUGUGAUAGGUGUUUAAAAAUGUUUAUCUGAAUAAAGCUGGUUAAGUCUUAAUUGAGCAUGUGAUAAGCAGCCACCUCACAUGUUUAGGUUAAAAUGAAAUGUGUGUGUGGUUUUUUUUAGAUCAUGAAUCAGGCAGAUAAAAAUCAACAAGACAUCCCAUCUUACCUUAGUGACGAACCACCAGAAGGUAAGUAUGCAUCUGUAACACUAAGAAUGGAAAAAAAUAUCCUAUUGAAUCCAAGUACUGAUUGUUUUUAUUAAAUUUAAAGUAAUUAAGCUGUUUACCUGGCCAGUAAAUAUGUUCCAAAAAUAAUUGCCAAUAAACCUUUUUAGCUUCUAAAAGAAAACACUGACAUUGGUGAAUGGGGACAUAAUGUAACUGUUUUAUUAUCCUUUCAUUUGUAAAGAGUGGGUGGGAUGCAGAGGAAAGGUGGACUGUGUUUAGUGUUGAUACUGAGCAUACAAAAACUCAAGAGGCACUUGCAAUUUGUUAUUAACCUCCUAUCAUUUCAUUAUGUUAUAAUUGGUAGCUCUCUCUUCUGUAUUAUACGUGGCCCUAGGGUCUGCUUAAUUUAAAUGCUCUUUUAGUUUGAAAACUGUUAUGUUAUGAAUCAUUUUACUCCUACCUUUACUUCAGAAGUCCUUGGAAACACUAACUGUAUAGCUAAAUGUCUCGACUAUAUGCAUUUUCUUAUGGUUUUGGUGUAGAAUAUUAUUACACUUAAUUCAAAUAGUGAUCUCCUUGGACAACUGCAUGUUUGUCCAGGGCAGUCAUCAUAGGUAAGAAAGAAUCAAAUUGGAGCAUAAAGGAUGAAGUGACAGACCAGACAGACUGCAGUAGCACACAGACGAGGGUGUCUCUGGGAAGAGGCUAGGGCUGAACUACUGGCCCCAGGUUCAAUGAAAGAUCACCCACAGCAGCAACCAGGCAUGUUGUCCCGUGUGACUGGCGGUAUCUUCAGUGUUACAAAAGGAGCUGUUGGUGCCACCAUCGGUGGUGUGGCUUGGAUUGGUGGGAAGAGUCUGGAGGUGACCAAAACAGCUGUUACAACUGUGCCUUCCAUGGGAAUAGGGCUGGUGAAAGGGGGCGUUUCUGCUGUGGCUGGAGGUGUUACAGCUGUGGGGUCUGCUGUUGUAAACAAAGUGCCCUUAACAGGAAAGAAGAAAGACAAAUCUGACUAAAACAUGGAGAUACACUUGCUCUCUACAGCAUUAUGAUGCCAGUGGCAUUGACUUGCUAAAUUAUGGACUACAACUAAGUCAACUGUUUUGGACGUUUAUCUUCUUAAACUGCUGUGUUGAAAGUAUUGAUGACUGGCUUUUGUCUAAAAAGAAGAGACCAAUACUAGCACAGUGUAUGAAGGUUUCUCAUACUGAAAUUCCAGCUUUUUAUCUGGUAAAAUGUUACACUUAUCAGUUGUAACUGAAGAUAUAUUUGAAUAUUUACUAUAAGUCUUUUAGUUUAACUAAAAAUGUGAAAGUUGAAUUUCGUGGAUGAUCUUUACAGUUCCAUAUGUAUAAUGUGCCAGGUAACUCAUCUGUCCCUUAAAAAGGGAACCUUGAACUACAUAAACUGUAAUUUUGAUGUGCCUAAUAGUUUCAGAUGUCUUAGUUUUUUUAUAAAGAUAGUUUAUUAGGCCAAGAGGCAUUCUUUUCUUAUUUAAGCUGGUAAAAGUAGCAGGAUUUAGAGAAAUUUAAAAGGUAAAGGGUUUUAUGAUCCUGAGUGUUAACCAUCUUUUGUUAGAUAUGCAUUAUAUUUAUUUAAUCAUUGAUGCCUUACAGAAGUAAAACAUCUUUCCUAAUACCCUAAAUAUGUGCAGUUCUUAGAAUUAUAUAUGGAUUCUCUUAAAAGUUGUUUGUGAAGUUAGAUUUCCCUCUUUAAGAAUCUCAGGAGUCGUGGGUAAAGGCAUUUCUUGCUCUCAGCAGAUAAGAUAGUGCUUGACUUUUUGUUAACUGUCAGUAGUUAUGACCAAACUGUAUGCUUCAACAUGGGUUCAUGCUCCAUCGUCAGCACACCUCACAGUGCCUAAGGAACAUUUCUUUGCUAGUCAGAAGCUGUGUUGGAAGAGUUUCAGAUUAAGGAGGAACAAAUAAAUAAUUUUAAGUUUUUAAAAAUUACCUAGAACAUCCAAAAUAUAAAAAGAAUUAUUCACACCUAUUUUAUCUCCAGGAUGGCUUAAAUUAUAAGCAGUACUUCUUUUUAAAAACAUGGUAUAAGAACCACAAAUACAUGGGGGCUGACUUUUAAAUUGAAUGAAAUGGGCUCCAUGGAUUAGUUUUGAAUGUAAAACAUAUAAGUGCUUUCAAUGGUGUAAAGGCUUUUAAAAUAUGUUAUCUCACCAUCCUUUAAAGCAGCUGUAGACUUUGUACCAUUUUCAAAGUCAGCUUCAGGCAGGGAAUUGAAGUUUUUGACUGUGGAUGGUAUGUGUGCCAUGUCUUAACAUAUCUCAUCAUGUCUCAUUCAUUCUCAAAUAAUCUGACUUAGCUGAAAUUCAUCUUUUUGUUUUUUGUUUCAUAGACAUUUUAAAAGUGGCAUAUGUAUUUGGCAUUCCUCUUAACUAAGGGUUAUAAUCCAAGCCUGAAAAAAACUUAGUUUUCUUUAUACUUAAGUCUAGAAACUUGCCUGCAUUUUUUUUUUUUCCUUUUCCCCCUUGCAAGGGAGGGGAGGAAAGGUAUGAUGCUCUGGAGUAAAGUCAAAUAGACUCCCUGAGAACUUAAAACAGAUCACUCCCGCACCCAAGGCUUAAAUGUUUGUAAAACAACAGUUUUGACAUUAAUAAUGUGGAUUAACAAAUGGAUAAGAACAUAACUUUUAAAAGCUUUCAUAAAUACCAGCAGGAAUUUUAAGCAAAUCUAUAAAGGUUCUUGAACCUUUCUACAGUAUACAAAACUGAAAAGUCAUUAAGGAGUUCAUGAGAAAUUAAAUGGCAUUUUAUUUCAUGCCACAUUAUUUAAGGUAUACUUGUUAGUCUAUCUGGUCAGAUGUCAUAAUUAGCAAAGGUGUUUUUUUUUAAAAAAAAUCCAAAAUUAAUAGACGAACACAAAUAAUGAUCUAAAUAAUAGUAAAUAAUAGUAGUGGAAAACUUGUUUCCUGCUAUUGGAAAGAAAUUAUUGCUUCAUUGCUAGUUUAUAUUUCUAAUUUAUCUUCUCUAGUCAUAGGCUCUGCUGUGCUUUGUGCCUGAAUUUCUAAAUGACUUUAGUUCAUUGUAUGCUUGCAUAUUUAUUUUUAACUUUGCUUGUCUUUAAAAUUGCUUGAGGAAAAUAAAAUGGUUGUAAUUAAUUUCUGCUGCAGAAAAGCCACCUGAUACAUUUUAUCUUACCGAGUUUGUUUUAAAUUCUAAACUGUUAUUUUGUUCAGGAGAGGCUUUUGCAGUGAUAGCAGAGAACUGUACAAAUGAACCGUUAGUUCUGGAGGUUCUUGUUGAAAUGAACUUGCUAUUUGAUAUGUAUAGCUGUAACUUGAGUCUUUUUCAGUUUAUUUUUGUAGAUUAGCAUUUGACCUGUUAAACAGUGCUAGUUCACUGCAAGAAACUAAGGUGGUUCUACAUAACUGUAGGCAUCUGUUAUUCAGCUUGCCUUUUGAGUGGGUAUUUGGCACAAUGAGGAUAAAUGUGUGUGACCCACUGAAUGACUGAUCUAAUAAUGUUGAUAUUACGAGCCCUGCACUCAGUGAAAGAAGUGUCAGGUAAAAUAACUGAUGGCUGAAUUUUUUUGUAUUAAAGGAAUGGCAAAGGAAUACAUGAAUCUGUUAAUAAAGCACUAUGAUCUGCAAAAUAUGAAAUGUUUUGUAAAGAUCUAAGGAAAUAAAUGAAAUUUUAAAACAGGA